CCCCCACUUUAAAAAGACGGAUACACUCGCUCCUGUACUUGUUCAUCGUCUAGCAAAAGGAAUUUUAUCCUACAUUAUGAAGUUAUUAAGUACACUAUGAAACGAUAUCUUAAGCAGAACUAUCAGUAGAAGGUCCUAGGUAGUAUUAGAAACACUUAAAACGAACGUAAUGGCAUGCGUUAGAAACUAAUCCCUUUUAAUCAUAUAUACUUUUUCAGCUGAGUACAUAUCAAAAGAAGUUAGAUUGAAAUUCCACCUCUAAGCUGUUUCCGACUUAUAUCCAAGGCGAAAAAUCAUGAUAUAUGACUUUAUAAGAUCAUAUUAUAAGAUAAUACAAGAAGCAUAGCUCAAGAAUCUUAUAAAAUUUUACACGUUUUUCUUACAACAAGAUUUCAUAAGAUCUUGUAUGAUCGUGCAAGAAGUGCAAGAUCUUACAAAGUUUCAUACGAUCAUAUAAGAUUUCAUCAGAUUUUGCAAGAUUAUGUGUCUUAUGCUGUCCCACAGAAUCUUGCAUAGAACAGAAAUAUAAUUAGUUUAGAAGCUGAUUCGUACAUUCCAUUAUUAGAAAACAAUUAGAUAAAGUGAGCUCUGUUUCUAUAGUAGAAUGGAUAUGGUUUCAGGACGAAAGAUCCAAUUCUAACAGAACUGUGAUCCAGUUUAGUACAGGAAGCUACUUGUACACGGUGUAGAGAAAUAUUGAGAAUACAUCUCGACAUCUUCAGACACGAAUAAGUGAGCAUCUUUCCGAUAUUAAAAAAGUCACUUUUUUCCGAAACAAACACAAAUGCUCAAAAAUUAUCAACCAAUAUCUCUGAACAAUUUAACCUGGCAAAAAACUCGGUGACUUCUUCAGGUCUGAUAACCAGAUCUAAAACUGGAAAACUUUCACCGAAUAUAAAACAGAUUGAUCAGGACAAUCUUAAUGUGAUACUUGCCAUACAAACAACAUUUAAGAGGGACUUCGCCAGUCGAUCGAGUAUCUUGUCAAAGACCGGUCACGAGAGAAAAAUUGACAUAUAGUUUUUUAUUUCAUAUUCGGAUUCUACUAUCAAAACUAGGGUUAUCAAAAAUAAAAAAAACUUUCUGACUUAUUCUGGCUGAGUUAUAGAAUUUACAAAAUGAGCACCAUCGUCAAUUUGCGAAAAGUACCCAUCUCUGAUAUUUUUAUUAUAACUCCGCCAUUUUUUACCCGUUCUGUUAUGCUGUCCGCUUGUAUUUUUGUGAAGUAGGAAGUGACUGUUUAAAACUCAUAUUAGUUGGAGAAUUGAGACUUAAAAGGAUCCAUAUUUUCGACAAAAUACCACUUUCAACUCCCCAAAUAGAAUUCGCUAACAAUUCGAAGAUUACAUGCGAUAGAGAAUUCAAUUUUCCACAAAUCGAGCAUCAAAAUUUUGUUUUAAAAGUGGUGGAAAAGUUUCAAAACUUGUUAAUAACCGUGGACUAUCUGAUGAUGUGCUUAGCUCAACAGCGGCUUUUUAUUAAAAAAUUCGUUUCUGAAGAGGGGAGGGGGACAAGAUCUGGCAAAAACUUAAGAUUAUUUGAUACAAGGUCUUGUGAUUUCUUAUGAGUUCAUAAUGUGAGAUCUUAUGACAAGAAGCUGCAAGAUCGUUCACUAGCCUGAGACAAGUUUUUGUAGGAUUUUGCAGGGAAAUCUGGUCAGAAGGUUUCAUAAGAAGACGAUAGAUCUUGUGUCAUCUUGUAAGAUGAGCCGGCUAACAGCAGAAAGUAUUACACUUUAGGUUUUUAGGUGCAAAGUUUUAGUCAUAAGAGUAAAGAAUCUACCAAAAAAUUUAAAAUUAAAACUUGGAGUUUAAGGUGUUAAUGAUUCCUUCCUUUUAAUCCUGUAUACUCCAAACAUUAAUCAGCCGUCUUUUAGCCUGGGUAAAAUCAUGGGCGCUACAAAAAUUUGAAUCAAGUGUCCAGUGGAUUGCCUUGAACCCGCGCAAGUUCUAACCAUAAAACGAAAAGAGAAAAGGUUUCUGUAGCAUCAGAUCUGAAACUCUUUGAGUAAAACUUACUGGUAGGUAAAUUUCUGUACCGCAUCAAAACAAACGUUUUAGAUUCAUGACAAAUCAAAAACAUGCUGAGGAAUUUACUACUUCGAACGGCAUUCGGUUUAUUAAUUUUUAUAUACGUCAAUGCUCAAAAUCAACUUGUCGAAGUUGCUACGUCGCCGGAAUAUCAAUGGAAUGGUGUGGCUUUAACGAAGAAUGGACGAAUGUUUGCCUCAUUUCCACGAGCGAUUAGUGAUGCGACAAUUUCUGUCGCUGAAAUUCUGCCAACGAACGUUAUAAAACCCUUACCCGGAGGAGACUGGAACACUUUUGAUCCAAGAAAUUCGUCAGCAAAUCCCGAGAACCGUUUCGUUAAUGUCAAUGCAGUUCUGACCGACAUAAACGACAAUUUGUGGGUUGUUGAUAGCGGAAUGAUCGGCAACAAAACAAUUCAGAACGCCGCGAAACUCAUCAAAAUCAAUCUUCAAAACAAUAUGGUCGAACGCAUUUAUUCGGUUUCAAGUCUCAAUCCUCCAGAAGGCUUUGCGCUGAACGACGUGCGAAUCGGCUCGCAGUACGCUUUUUUAACCGAAUCGGGAAUUGGUUCAAUCGUUAUAAUUAAUUUGCAAAGUGGCGAAGUACGCCGAGUUUUGGAUAAACAUCCGUCAACAAAGUUCGAUGCGCCGACGGUUGUCCGACUCGAAGGACGCAAGCUUUUAGAUGAGAAAGGCGAACCGAAAACGAUGCAGAAUAAUCAGUUGGAGCUCACACCCGAUGAGAAAACGUUGUUGUACAAACCACCAUUCAGUUACAAUUGGUGGAAAAUAUCCGUUGCCGAUUUGACGAAUGAAAGUUUGACCGAAACACAGCUUGAAGAUCGUGUCAUAAAAGGCAGUGAAACAAUGCCGACAGGCGGCACGACAAUGGACAAUGAGGGGAACAUAUACCUGAUGGAUCUGGAGCGACGCGCGGUGUGGCGACAAAAACCGGAUGGAUCUUUAAGUCUGAUUGUACGCGAUGAGCGCAUCAUUUGGGGUGACGCCUCGGAAUACAAUGGAUUAAUAAGGGGACAACAUGACGCUCUUGCUUAUCCGUCUAUAAGAUUAUUAUAUGAUUUGACUACAAAUCGGACAUUUGAUAAUAUUGUACCCAAUUAUAUUUGUUAUGAACCAACGUUUUGUGAAGGUGUAUUUAAGCCAACAGUAGUUAUUAAUAAAUCAUCGUGUGAAGUAUACGAAGAAUUUAAUAUGACUGAAUAUUAUUUUAAACAAAAUUGGACAACAUUAUUUUAUAAUAUACAUAGAUUAUUUUCAUUGUGUUUAAUAGAUAAACCUAUGGUCAGAAACGAUGACAAUAAUUUAUUUCGCUGCUCAGAUUAUACAUAUAUAUCAAGACAACGUCAGUAUGAUGGAUGGUGUGAUUGUCCGAAUGAUGAAAUAAUCAGUGUCAUAAUUAAUACAUGUAAUAUAAAUCUAACAGAUCGUUUUCACUGUGAUAGAUAUAAUCAAUGUAUAACGAAACGUAAAGUUGGAAACAAUAAGGCGCCGCUAAUUCAAAAGAAUUGCAAGUUCUUAUUUUUCACUUAA